CCGUAUACAGGUCGGACGUAAGGCACGCCGAGAAGCUAGGCACUGCAACGAUCUGCGUAUCGUCUCCGUCAGACUUUUUUUUUUGUUCGCUGAUAACCUUCAAAUGAUAUAAAUUCGUAGCGCCUCGUCCCACCUCCUCCUUGCCUAUUUCAUGGUCGACAAGUAUGUGGACUGCGCAAUGGGCGUGCCGCCGCUGUAUCCAAGCAUUGGUACAGCCCCGGAAUCGCCAAUUCUUGCGGUUAGCUAGUACAGAUGCGCAGACGAACCUGCCGCUCGUCCUCCUCCAGCGUGCUCGCAACAUCGCCGCCGAACAUGCGAAACUUACCAGCUCUCUCACCGACGACUUCGACCCCGAGACCGCGAAGCGCGCUGGCGAGCUUUCGCCCGUCGCCAACGCCUUGAAGGAAUGGGAGAGCGCCCAGUCCUCCAUCGCAGAGCUCAACAGCCUCCUGCAAUCACCGGACGCCGAGCUGCGCCAGCUAGCGCGUGACGAGCUGGCGACGACUAAGGCCAAGGCCGAGACGCUCGCGACCGCGCUGUCAGCGUCGCUGACGCCGCGCGACCCCUUCGCCGACAUGCCCUGCCUGCUCGAGGUGCGCCCGGGCCCUGGCGGUAUGGAGGGACGCUACUUCGCGGACGCGGUGUUCCGCAUGUACAAGCUAUACUGCGCGCGAGAGGGCAUACGCGUCAAGGUGCUCAAGUACGAGACAGUCGACGGUGCGGAGACGUCCGUGGGCGGGGCCAACGAGCUCCCGCUGCAAGAGGCGGUGCUCGAGAUCCUCGACACGGGGGCGUACGACCGGUUCCGGAGCGAGGCGGGUAUUCACCGAGUGCAGCGGGUGCCCUGGACGGAGGCGAGCGGGCGGACGCAUACGAGCGCGGUAGCGGUGUGGGUGUUGCCGUCGUUCCCGGAGGACGAGAACGAUAUGCCGAACGAACAGAGCUUCAACGACCCGAACAGCAUCUUCUACGUGGACCCGCGCGAGGUGCGCGAGGAGAAGAUGCGAGCGAGCGGGGCGGGGGGCCAGCACGUGAACAAGACGGAGAGCGCGAUCCGGCUGACGCACGAGCCGACGGGGAUCGUGGUGUCGAUGCAGGACUCGCGGUCGCAGCACCGCAACCGCGAGGUGGCGUGGACGGUGCUGCGGUCGCGCGUGGGGCAGCGGCGGCGGGAGCAGCGCGAGGAGGAGGCGGCGGCGCUGCGCGACAGUGUUCUGAGCCAGGACAAGCUCACGCGCGGCAACAAGAUCCGCACGUACAACUACAGCCAGGACCGAUGCACGGACCACCGCAGCGGCCUCGACGUGCACAACCUUCCGGACGUGCUCGAGGGCGGCGAGACGCUGAACCGCGUAAUGGAGAGCGCGCGCGAGUGGCUCGUGAGGCGCGACAUCGAGGCGCUGAUCGCGGAGGAGGAGGCCAGCGCCGCGACGGCCACGGGCAAGAGCGCGAAAAAGGCGAAGCGAUGAGGGCCGUGGUGACGAUACCGGAGAUGACGGGACCUCGGCGCCACCCGACGAGGCAUCGGUGCAGUGUAAAUUACGACGGAAACCAGGCGUAUACCGGCGGAGGGGAGGACACGCAUGCAUAUACGCGUGUACCGUGAACGAGAGAGGGCAGACGUCGCGUGAGGGAAUCCACAUAUAGGUAUCAUUCAACCGUAACACAGACGUCUUACCGAGUUUCAACCUAGGUGAUCCCGACGCGCGUCUAUCUGCGCCAGUCCAGACCCUCCCCCUAAAGCUUCGAUGGGAGGAUGGGAGGAGGGAGGACGGUAGGUUGAAUUGUCACAUCCCCUUGAUUAGCAGGUGUAGGCACUGUACGGACCGUGGGAUUCCUACGCCUACACAUUAUCCGAAGAACGUCUACACCUACCUAAGUCUGAGGCGGUCGGUAUCGAGCAGUCUACUAUUUCCCCUCAAGCUAUACCU